AUGAGGCCAUUUGUACAAAUUCCUCAAAUAUUGGAUGUUUCGACUUGUAAUCUUCACAAGGUCCACAACAGCUUUUCAAAAGCUUUAACUGUUUUUGGGGGCGAUGUAGAACUAUUAAUUGUUGACUUGUAUUAUUUUUUUAAACAUUCGUCUGCCAAAAGUGCCGAUCUGAAAGAGCUGCAAGAGCAGUUAAGUGUGGCGGACAGAGUUCUUGUUCGACAUGUUAGUAGUCGUUGGCUUACUUUAGAGACAUCACUGAUCCGCUUCAUUGAUAUGUUUGAGUUGAUCAACACUUUCUUUCGAAAAGGUCUAAGCUCAAAGAGUAGAGAUGGAGCUCGCUGUAAGCGAAUUAAACAAGCUUUACAUGACAAAUCGCUAUUACCAAAAGCCCUCUUUUUGAGAAAUGUUUCAGACAUUCUCAAUAGGUUUGUGGGUCUUUUCCAGACAGAAGCCCCUCUUAUCCAUAUUCUGUAUGAUGAGAUGGUAUCUUUAGUGAAGACCUUAUUAGGGCGCUUUCUGACUAAUUCGUUCUUCCAGAAUUUGCCAGGAACCGACUUGAAGGUAUUAGAUGUCAGCAAAGCUGAAUAUUGGAAGACUGCUUCAGCGAUCGACAUCGGUUUGGACACCCAAAAGGCAAUGGCAUCAUUAUCUGAUACAGAAAAGAAAUCAUUUUAUCUGGGUGCCAGAUCUUUUUAUCUAGCGUGCACAAAGAAAUUGCUUAAAACCCUGCCACUUGACAACAGGUUAUUGUACCAUUUGCAAGUUUUACAUCCAGUAAUGAAAAUGGAAGAGACAUCCAUUCUGUCUAUAAAAUACUUGGCUUCAAAUACUUCAAUUGUAAAGCCUGAAGAGGUUUCUUUGUUAAAAGAUGAGUGGAUACGUAUUCAAGCUGAACCUGAAGAAGAGUCAAGUAUCCAGAUUCUUACAGAGUCAAGCAAUAGCAAUAAUUACAUACCAAUUGAUGUAUAUUGGAAAAAGUUUUUUGAUAAAAAAGACAAUUUGGGUAAUAAAAAAUACCCUUUUGUAACUAAGCUUUUCCAAGCUUUUUUAUGUGUGCCUCAUGGUAGUGCAGAUAUUGAAAGAGGCUUUAGCACGAACAAAAAGCUUCUUGACAACAGAGGAACUUUAAAUUGCUAUAGUGUAAAUGGUUUGACGCAAAUUAAUUCUCAUAUCACUAGGAUAGGCGGAAUAGAAAAAUUUAAAGUUAAUAGGGACAUUAUCAAAGCCGCACGUGCAGCUUACAAAAACUACACAACAAGAGUUCAGAAAGAAAAUGAAGGUGAGAAACGCUGUCGUGAAACUGAGAACUCGGUCACAGAACUGCAAGAAGCUGAGAAUAAAAUUAAACAGAAAUUAAAAGCUUCACAAGAACUGUUGGCCAGUGCAGAAAAAAAAUAUUCAGGAUGGGGUAGAAAAAAAAGAUAUGUCUAUAAUAGAAGGUGGACAAAUUCUUUUAACCGAAGCUAAAUCUAGAAUUACUGCAAAUUUAGCAGAGUUGGAAAAUGUUCGAAAGCAACUUGCAAUGAAUCCGCCUAAAAAACUCAAAAAGUAGUACUUUUGUUUUAUAUUCUGUUUCCAUUUUUGUAAUAACUUUGCAAUCUGAGCUCUUUUUCUAGAAAUGUUUCAUUUUAUUAUGGUUAUAAUUUGAAUGUCUGAAAAACAUGCGUAUGGAAUAUUGCUAAUCAAUUAAAAUC